AAUAGCUGUGUAGGACUUGUACUACACCAACAUCAUAACAUUUUAUGAGUGCAGUCAUGUCUCUAAAUAGUUAUAUAGACUUGCCAGUCACUACAAUGCAUUAUGAAUACUUUAUAAAUAUUGAAACAUUUAUAAUGCUUUAUGACUACUCAAUUGAAGUAAGGCGUAAACAUAAAACCGUAAAGAAACUCUUCAGUAAAGUAUACCUUAUGAGUCUACUCCUGUGACUGAAACACACCCCAGUGUGGUCAUGCUUUUGUUUGUUCUUUCUGCCGUUUCUUGUAGUGAAACUAAUGAGGCAAUCUGGUCUAAUGAACUAAUGAAUCAUUCAGCCAGAUAGAUUGCAGUUAUUGCUGUCGAGUGUUUAGCAACAGAUUAAUGCCAUAUCACUACACAGUGCCUCUGUAGGGUUAUAAAAGGAGAGAGAGAUACUUAGUGUUUGUCAUGAUGGGGCGACAUCAUCAUAAGGAACUCAAGGAAGCUUGCACAGGACACGAACACGUCUGAGAGAUGUGUUUUUUUAAGAUUAUUAACUUAUUGAGAUUCUAAGAAGCUUGUUAUUUGCCUUGCGCUAUAUCACAAAAAAAAUACAGUUUACAGCUACCUUUGCUCUCUCUCAUUCAUAGUAACAUAGGAACAGAAAUACUGGCUUUGUUGGGUAAUAAUAAUAAUAAUAAUAAUAAUAAAAACAGUAAUGCCGUGCACAUAUGUGUGACCAGAAAUGGAGCCUGAGCUACUGACCCGUGGAUUGCUCUACCUGUUUCUCACUGUGUUGGGUAUCCCUGGCAACAGCGUCGUGAUCUGGGCAUUUCUACAGCUGGCUUACUUUGAGCGUCAGCUCUUGCCAGCCGAUGCCAUUGUGUUACACCUGGCUUCCGCCAACCUGAUCGUGGUGGGGGUGCGCUGUCUUCUGGAAAGCCUCGCCACCUUCCGGCUGUCUAACGUCUUUAGCGACACUGGGUGCAAGGCGGUCAUAUUUGUGUAUCGCACAUCCCGCUCCCUCUCCAUCUGGCUGACAUUUGUGCUGAGUGCAUACCAGUGCCUCAGCACCGCUGCCCCGGGCUCCCGCUGGGCUGCCCUCCGUGCCCUCGCUGCCAGGAGCCUGGGUGGCAUCUUUCUGGUGCUGUGGCUCCUCAACACAUCCCUGAGCUCGGCGGCUAUUCUCUUCUCUCUGGGUUCAAGACACAACUCGAGCUUCAUGCAGCAUGACAUUAAUGUGCAGUUCUGCUUCGUGCGCUUUCCCUCACAGCUUUCCCGCGACGCCAACGGAGCAGUGCAGGUGAGCAGAGACGUGGUGCCCAUGACUCUCAUGACUACAGCCAGUCUCAUUAUUCUGGUUUUCCUCUACCGCCAUAGUCACCAGGUCAAAGGGCUCCGCAGCAGCACCAGCAGGGGAGGAGGCCCCUCGGCAGAGCAAAGGGCAGCCAUUACAGUGGUUUCCUUGGUGACCUUGUAUGUCAUAUUCUAUGGUGUGGACAACGGGUUGUGGGUGUACACACUCACAGUAAAGAGAACUAUGAGGUCAUCGAUGGUGUCCGACCUGCGCAUAUUCUUCUCUUCAUUGUAUGCUGCCGUUAGCCCCUUCGUCAUCAUCGUCUCGAACAAGAAAGUCAACAGACUGCUGAGGUGUGGACUUGAAAAGAAGCUUCUGCAGAGUACAGACACAGGUCUUUCCACUGUUUAAGAUCAUCUAUGAUUCAUCAAUGUCACUGGAAGAAGAAUAAAGGUCAUUCCAUCUUCAAAGGUGACCAUGUCAGUUGUCUUUUGCCUUUGUGUCAUUACACACAACCAUUUUUUAGUCAUGGUUUUC